AUGGUGGGUGGCGAGGCGGCCGCUGUGGUGGACGAGCUGGUUUUGGGGGUGCGGCAGGCGACCAACUUCGCCGAACAGUUCCGCUCCUACUCCAAGAGCGAAAAGCAAUGGAAAUCCGGGAUGGAGUUCAUCCUCUGCCACCUCCCGCACUGCCGCCACCUGCCCAACGGCGGCGGACGCGUGGACCAGCUGCUCUCUUCCAUGGUCUGAGCCAGUCACCUUUUCCAGGGCUGCAGUAGCAACAAAGAUCUUUUAGACAAGGUGAUGCAAAUGGCUGAUGGAAUUGAAGUGGAAGGCCUGCCACAGUUCACUACCAGAAGUGAAUUAAUGAAAAAGCAUCAAAGCUAA